GGAGCCUGGUGGGGCCAGUGGUCGAAGCGAGAGCCUCUGGCCGAGGCGUUCGAGGCCGCCGCCGCGGCCCUGGUGCCCAUCGCCGGGAGCGGCUACCCGGCCGCCAUCCGGUCGACGCUGUCCGUGCGCAAUGAGCUACUCAGGAAGCACCUUGGUAACGUGGAGGCGGCCGUCCGGGAGGCGUUGGACAAGGAGGCGGAGUUCGCCGCGGAGGCGCGGUGCUUCCUGCUCGUGCUCGUGCCGGACGUCGGCAUACCCGCGGCCGUCGCCUACUCGCUGUGGCGGCAGCUCCGCGUCGCCUGCCUGCUGGCCUCGCUGCACGGCCACGACCUGCGGAGCCCCGCGGUGCAGGCGCGGGUGCUGUGCGCCGCGUGCGGCGCGCAGGCGCUCUGGGGGCAGGUGGCGCGCCGGGUGCCCGGCGCGCGAGCGCUGGGCGCGCUGCCCGUGGUGGGCGUGGUGCUCGCGCUGGGGCAGAUCAGGGACAUGGGCGCGGACGGGAUGGUCCGCGAGUUCCAGGGCGGGCGCGCCUACCUGCCGCCCUCCGCGUACAGCGCAGAGCUGGACCCGGAGCCAUCGCUCGAGGGCCUCCUGGACCUCGUGCGCGAGGUCGGCGGCCAGACGCUCGCGCAGGUGGCCGACAGGGGCGCCGCGCUGGCGAGGAGCGCCUCGGCGGGGGCUCAGGACCUGGGCGGGCCGGGCGCCCGCAGCUGCGAGGACCUCUGGGGCCAUGCGCUGAGGCUCGCGGGGGUGCGCGUGCCCUGAGG